CUUCAAACUCAUCAUUAGUCGAGUUCCGCGCUAUUAUUCUUUGUAGGAGAACUCUUUACCAUGCUUUGCAAUUGGAUGCAUAUGAGAAGUACACCCCUUUGUUUUUCUUCUCUUGUCGGCUCAAAAACAUAUCAAGUCCACCGUAUAGUCUUGUCGAAAACAAUCCAGGGGGAAUUCGGAAGCCCACUAUAAACCAAACCCUAACUGAUCAUUCAAAAUGCUUUUUCCCCCAAAUGAAAGUAUAACAACAAGAAAAGGAGAAGAAAAAAAAAUGGAUGGGAGUGGCAUAAAAUAAUAUUCCAUCUUUGAAAAUCAGUCUGAAAGAGACCAAAACCCCUCUCUUAUUAACGUUGAAAAAAUGACAAAAAAACAAAAUAAUAAAAGCACAAUAGAGUUUUUUUAUGGUACUAAUUACUAAACUGUUCGGUUUCUGGAAGGUUUAGAAAGUAUUAAAUUAAAUUAAUUGAUUAGCUUAUGGGUAAUCUGAAAGGGACAGCCUGCCUUGGUUGGACUGCAGAUGAAGAUGAAAACAGAAAACCCUAUUAUAGAACUUUGUGUUAUAUAUUUUUGGAGACCACACUUGAAGAUAAUAUAUGGAUUUUUAUAUUUUUAAUAUAACAAUAUAAUUAAUCACCUUGAUUACGACAAUAAUUAAGUAAUUGGUGCUGUGGGGGAAAUGUCCGAUGUUGGAAAUUAACUAUUGUGAAAGGUUUUGACGGUUGCUAUGGACACUUCGGCUUGGCUGCCAUUAACAAACAAAAUCUAUCCAUUAAUGGGCCAUGUGAUGAUGUUUUUAAGUGCUUGUUUUUAUCCUGAGUAAAAUCUAUAUUUAAUCUCCUGAUUUCUCUAGUAGACUGUGAAAAAAAAAAAUUAGAAGAAGUCCUAGGACUACAUAAGAGACAAUUUGAAAGACCAGGAGUCAAAUUUAGAUGGCAAACAUGCCAGAUUAUUGUAGUUGUACACUAAUCCAGAAUUGACAUAUAUAUAUUUAGUCAGAAUCGACGUAUUGCGUUUACAUGAGAUGAUAUCAUGUUGUAGUUAAUAUGAUACUGUUAAUGAAAAUAUGAAGCGUCGGUAAGAUCUGAGUAUACUAAUUAUGAAAUAUUUGCACCUCAAGAAAGUUACUCACCCAUAACAACCUGUAAGUUAUAUAUUUAUUGGUUUUCUUUCAUAUUUAAAAGGUCAUUUUGUACCUGCAAUUGAAACAACACCAACAAAUAUAUUGGACACAACAACCUGAGGCCAUGGCUAGUUGAAGAUUCCAUAUGCAGAGAAUGUAGCAUAGUGGACUAAUAAUUAAAUUUAAAGCUUACUUGAUUAGCUCAGAGAUUUGUCUAAUUAUUUAUUUUCUUGAUGAUUAGCGCAGAUAUUUGUCCAUUGUUGUUAAAUCAGUAGGAUUUAAAAAUAGAGAAAAUUAAGGUCCAAGUGUUUAGGUAUAUGUCACCAAAUGAAGGGGCCAAUUAAAAUACUGAGAAACCCUAAUAUUAUAAUCUCUGUAAGGAUACCUGCUGUUUACCAUUCAUCAUUAAGUGGAAAACUAUCUUAAUUGGCUUAUUAAUUAGUUUAUAUUAGAUAGGGCCAAAUAGGCAAAAAAUACUGUCCAAAAUUGGUGACAUGAGGAACCUGCUAAGCAAGUUCAUUACGUAUCUGAAUUAAUUAACUCAAAUUAAUAUAUCCCGCUAAAAUAAAGCUUUCUAAUUGUUUUAUUAAUAGCUUAUCCCUUCUAUCUAUUGUCGCUAAUUAUAAUAAUAUAAUUAAUUCAUGUGUGUUUCUCUAGCCAACCAUAGUGCUAAAGAUUUUUUGUGAAGAUUAAUUGCAGAAACAAUAAUAGUUACCCACACAAAUCAAAAGCUGAGGCACGAGUCGACAUGAGGGAGUGGCGGCAAUGCUUGGAACAUGGGAAAGUGUUUGAACGGAAUUGAGUAUUGAUUGUCUAUGGAGUGGAUGGAUGCCAAUUUGUACGGUUCAUAUAAGAUCGAAUUGGACUCGAUUAAUGUAUUUCGGUAAAGGAAUUGAGGAAUACGCAUAGGUUUAGAUUCCGGGUACAUGCAAGUUUGAGUUCAUUAUUGUGCAGUACAGUUGUUUAGAGUACCGACAAGAGCGAUUAUCAGUGUGGAGGAAUUAUCCAUCAUUUUAUGGGUGCUGUUUAGUAGAGAAUUUGAGGUUAUGAUCUUCCUGAUUUACUGGGAGGGUAACAAGUGUACAAACUUUAUGCUUGUAACUAAUCGUAUAUCACACCAUUGGAUUUUGCAUGAUACUAAGGAGCGCUCUCGGAACUCCGAUAUAUUAUGAACGAAAGAUAGAGUGAUUUAUGUAUAAAUUUAUAAAAAGUACACUUAAUCGUCUUCGUCAAUUGGUAUGAUUGGUCAUAUUAUCCAAUUAUAUAGCCAUUCAUCAGUUAAAGUUCACAUCCUUGUCCUACCAAACUCGUAAUUGGAUAAUAUGACCAAUCAACUGAUGAUAUCUUUCAUCAUCCACAAUAUAUAAGAAAACAAUUUGCUUCUCUUUUCUCUUUUUUUUUCCCUUCAAUUUACCCAAUCAUGAUUUACAUUGAAAUCUUGAAAAACCAAAGACAGUGAAAAGUGAAAAAGAACAGCCUUUCCAAACAAGCAAAGGAGGAAAGAUAUGUGGGUGGAUGUGCAGUAGAUAUAUUUCAUGUGCACAAACAAGCAUGUUGAUUUGGUUUUUUUAUGUAUUUCUGUGGUGCUUCAACACCUAUCAUGUUCUUUUGUCCAUUCCUAUGAGGCUUCCCUUUUUUUCAUCUUAUGUUUUGUUUUUUCAAAACCCUAAUAAUUCACUGCAUGAAAACAUUGGUUCUCAAUUGGGUUUUCCUUUUUGUGUUCUUCUCUUUUAGUUGGUUGUGUACACUAUUGACUAUACACUACCCUCAAGCUUUGUGUUAGUGGCCAUGGAAACCAAAUGAAUCAUGAAAAUUCCUUGAUGUGCUCUUUAGCCUCUCUAUACUUUCUGCCUUCCCUUUUUAGUCUUUUUACUGUUUUGUAGGAGUCGUCACAAAUCACAAGUCAACCCUUUUGCUAUAUUAGUUGGAGCAUUCAUUGAGAGAAAACAAAUGGGUAAAAAGAAAUUCCAGCCCAAUUAACAAGCUGAUUGCUAUGCACCAUGGCCUAUAUGUAGCAAGUUCUUUCUGUUGUUCAUCGCUGAUUGUUAAUGAAGUUAAAACUCUUUUGAUGUCGUAAUCAUAUUGCGAUACAUAACCAAUGCCCAGUGCUUGUAAGUCGUCCAACAACCAUCUAUCACAAGCGGUUACUUCUGCAUGUGUUAGUUAUUACAAUUUUGAUAAAAACACCAACUUUCUUAAAGAUCAAAUUUCGACAACCGUUUCGUGAACAACCCAGAAUUCUGGUGACUGUUUUAUGAAAUUUAACCGAAUAAAAGCACGUGAAACCCCAUCCCUUCCAAACCUAUGGAUAGCUAGCCCCCCAAAUUUGCCCAACUACAAAUAUGCCCAACCAUAUAAGCUACCUAGCUAGCUAUCUACUAGCAUUACAUUCACAACUUUGCACUAUGCCCUUAGUGGGAUGCCCUACUAGGCUUGUAGAUAUUGAAUGUACCCUUUCGAGACAAAAGAGGUGACAAGAUGAACAUAACCAUUUGCUAGGCAGAACUCUACCUCUUUGUGCUCUUAUGUAAUGAAAUUAUUAUGAUAAAACCAGGUCACGGGUCCUAUGCUAUUCUGCCAAGUGGGUUCCAAAGCUUCUGGCCGGUUUCCAGAGUUGCCAAAAAAAACUUGGCCAGGUUUUCCUUCGACGACAGGAAGCUUCAUUUCAAUACAUCUCUUAUUGCUAUAGUUAACUAGGCCAGGCCUAGCUAGCUAGGUCUACUACUACCAGUACUAGCCCCAACAACCUACUCUUUGAUUUGGUUCUUGAUGUCCCCUGAUUAAGCACAAUAGCUAGACACAGAUUAUCAAUCAUUAAUCAGAACCUGGCUUAGUUAAAGGGUUGUUUGGUUUUGGUGAUAAUUAAACAGAUGCAUUGUCGCAUACAUAAUAAUAUACAUGUAUAUAAGAAAAUCGGUGUAUUGUAGUUUGCAUAGUUUAUGUGAUAGUUAUUGUGUUAUUUAAAUAAGUUAUCUUACUUUUUGGGUGAAAUGUCACUUUUAUCCGUUGUUUGUAAUACAAAAAAACAAAACACAUAAAAAGGUAGGGACAUAGUUGGAAGAAAAAAGCACACAGCAAUCUCAAUCAAACAAUCUCACCAAAAACUUGAGAUUUAACUAUCACUCAUUUUGAGUGAUAGUUUGUGUCACAUCAAGCAAACAAUGCAUGUAUUGUUUGUGCAGAAAAUUCAGAAAAACGAUGCAUUGUGGACAAUGCAUGUAUUCGUGUAACUAUCUCAACCAAACAAUCACCGACAAUGCAUGUACUCGUGUAACUAUCUCAACCAAACAAUCACCAAAACCAAACUACCCCUAAGUAAUAAUUUAAAGUGAAUUACCAAUCCUGCCUUGAAGGUUCCAUGGUUUUGAUCAAUGCUGUCAAAGCCGAGUCGGAGUAUGACCCGGUAACGUGAACGGCUCGGUCAUUAGUGGUUCAGCCGGCAUUAGACCGUUUAAAAAUCGUUUGAGAACCGGUACAUUAUAAACAAUAUAAUAUCAUAGUAGAACACACAUAAAGUAAUAAUUCAAUGAUUUAAUGAGUAAAAAUGAUAAUUACAGGUACCAUUUAAUAAUUAUACACAACAUAUAUAUACAACAACUAAAAAAAAAACCCUAACCUAAUCCUAAGCGACAACGCCGCUUCCCCGCCCAUCACUCUCCUUCCUUCCGCUUCCCCAUCCCCCCUCCCUCUCUCCUUCCUCCUCUCCCACCGCUGCACCUAUUUUCAUUUUUCAGCCACUAUAGCCUUUUGCAAUUCCUCAAAAAUCCAUCACCUCAUCCUUUCUUAAACCGUAAAUGCUCUUCCUCGUCCCAAUCCGCGAAAUGGCUCGGAUUCAAUCCAAGCCUCUGGUGAGACAUGGCAGCUUAGCGAGGAGCUGCUUGCGACGGUGGCGAUGGGAUGGAAGCGCCGGGAGCGGGGAGCUGCUUGCUACAACAAGGACUGGCGAUGGCGAUGCGAUGGCGACUGGGGAUGGCGAUGCCGUCGGGAAGCGCCGAUGCCGGGACAAGAGGUGUUGACGGCCGAUUCCACGAUUGGCCUUUUCUAUUUUUUUUUAGGGUAAAUAAAACGGCCGAACCGCGCGACCGGCUCGAGCGGCUCAAGCGGUUAACCGCUUCAGCCGCUCGCCGGCCGCUGUAUAAAACCGUGACGGUUAAAUAGCUGAUCCGAGCCGGUUUUACGGGCGGGUGGCGGCUUUGGCGGUCCGGCCGGCCGGCUCGGUUCGGCUUUGACAGUACUGACUUUUGAUUAUAUUCCUUAUUGCCAAGUGUACUUAUCCAAAACCUCGCCGUAGAAUUAAUGCUAGCUAGCUGACCAGGUGAUGAAUUGAAUUGGUGACUCAGUUUUAGUUCUGAAAGAAUUAGGUUGUUUUGUCUAUUAGAGUUUAGGUGGGUGAUUCACUAGAAAGCUCUCAUGCAAUGGUUGGUUAAGUGAGUGACUCGGUAGUAACUCGAAAGGUUGCGAUUCGAUGAAUCACGACGAGUGUAGAAUUGUGAUCACUCAAAUGAAAUUAUUAGAUCUAUGUGGAAUUAGAGUUUCGAGAGAAAUUAGUUAUCCGAACAGGUUUCUAAAUCGUACAACUUGUCACACAUGUCCAUAUAUAUGUAAAACUUGUCACACAUGUCCAUAUAUACGUGUACAUCAUUCAUGCAUGUUUUCAAAUUUCAAUAACUCAUAAUCACACAGUCGAUCUAAUUCAAUUAAGAAAUGUUCCAUAAUCAAUACACUAGUUUUAACAAUCUCGUCACUCUAUUUCUUUCUCCAUUGUUUUUUUUUUCUUCCCUUGCACCUCCUGUCAUAACAUGUUCUUACUCCAAAAUCCUAGUUGUUCAAAAUCACAGGGAAAAGAAGAAAGGUUUGCAGUACUUGAUUGGCUCUGCUGUUUAAUGAUUACACUGUCAUCCCUUCAUACUUGAUCACGUAAUAAUUAGCUCGUGAAUGGCUGAUAAUUGAAUUUAAUUAGCAUAUUAUAAUUAUAUAUGUAAGUGACUUGUAGAUUAUUUCUUUCUCAUUUUAAUGCAAUUGUUUUUUAACAAUAAACUUUAUCUAGGGGUGGUCAAGUCAAGCUGGUGAUCGAAUGCCAUUUUGAGGUCGAUUUAUUUGCCCGUUUAAAUAGUAAGGGAAUCCAUGCACCCGAUUGUUUCUGAACCCCCUACAAACAUGAAACUAAAUCACUCAUCCAUGCAAGUAAUCCGUGAUUAAAUUUUAAAACAAUUCAUUAUCAUGGGAAUGCAUCUAAUUAAUCUGCGAAAACAGUUCGAAAUAUUCAAUAACCAUCCCGAUAAACUGAACCAAUUACCAAAUUUUGCUCAUACUUCAACAUCUCCAAUUUCUUUAAACGUGUUUGGUUGUAAUUGGCUGCCUAAAAGUGGUUGGCUUUUCUCCACAUAACACCACAAAUGACUAAAAGGAAUAUACACAUUAUACAGCU